AUGGAUUUUCUUAUCAUUUUUCUUUUGCUUUUUAUUGGAACUUCAGAGAUACAGGCUGAUGUUUCCAGUGCUGUUCCUGGUACUAGGUACGACGUAACCAUCUCUUCAAUUUCUUCUAUAACAUACAGCUCACCUGUUAGCAGAACAGUGAUAACGAAUGUAACAAAACCAGGACCUCCAGUCUUCCUAGCAGGGGAAAGAGUCGGAUCUGCUGGGAUUCUUCUUUCCUGGAAUACACCACUUAAUCCAAAUGGAAGGAUUAUAUCUUACAUUGUUAAAUACAAGGAAGUUUGCCCAUGGGUGCAAACAGUGUAUACACAAGUUAGAGCAAAGCCAGACAGUCUGGAAGUUCUUCUUACUAAUCUUAAUCCUGGAACAGCGUAUGAAAUCAAGGUUGCUGCUGAAAACAGUGCCGGCAUCGGAGUGUUUAGUAACCCAUUUCUCUUCCAAACUGCAGAAAGUGCUCCAGGAAAAGUGGUGAAUCUCACAGUGGAGGCCUUCAACUACUCAGCAGUAAACCUGAUUUGGUAUUUACCUCAGCAACCAAAUGGUAAAAUUACCAGCUUCAAGAUCAGUGUCAAACAUGCCAGAAGUGGGAUAGUAGUGAAAGAUGUCUCUAUCAGAGUAGAGGACAUUUUGACUGGGAAAUUGCCAGAAUGUAAUGAGAGUAGUGAAUCUUUUUUAUGGAGUACAACCAGCCCUUCUUCAACCCUUGGUAGACUUACACCUCCAUCGCGUACUACAUAUUCAUCAAGCAUGUUGGCACGGAGUAGAAUCAGCUCUGUGUGGAAAGAACCUAUCAAUUUUGUAGUGACACAUUUGAGGCCUUACACGACAUAUCUUUUUGAAGUUUCGGCUGUUACAACUGAAGCAGGUUAUAUUGAUAGUACCAUUGUCAGAACACCAGAAUCAGUGCCUGAAGGACCACCACAAAACUGUAUAACAGGAAACAUCACAGCCAAGUCCUUUUCAAUUUCAUGUGACCCACCAAGUAUAGUAACAGGGAAAUAUAGUUAUAGAGUUGAAUUAUAUGGACCAUCAGGACGGAUUUUGGAUAAUAGCACAAAAGACCUUAAGUUUGCAUUCACUAACCUAACUCCAUUUACAAUGUAUGAUGUCUAUGUUGCGGCUGAAACCAGCGCAGGAAUUGGACCUAAAUUAAAUCUUUCAAUAUUCACUCCUCCAGAUGUCCCAGGUGCAAUAUUUGAUUUACAACUUGCAGAGGUGGAAGCCACACAAAUAAGAAUUACUUGGAAGAAACCACGACAACCAAAUGGAAUCAUUAACCAAUACAGAGUGAAAGUGCUAGUUUCAGAGACAGGAGUAAUUUUGGAAAAUACUUUGCUCACAGGAAAAGAUGAGUAUCUAAAUGACCCCAUGGCUCCAGAAAUAGUGAACAUAGUAGAGCCAAUGGCAGGAUUAUACGAAGGUUCAGCAGAGAUGUCUUCUGACCUGCACUCACUUGUUUCAUUUAUGUUUAACCGUCAUCCACACAAUGACUUCCCUGCAAGGAACAGAGCUGAAGACCAGAAUUCACCAGUUGUGACUACGAGGAAUCAGUACAUCACGGACAUUGCUGGUGAGCAGCUGUCUUACGUUAUCAGGAGCCUUGUACCUUUCACUGAGCAUAUGAUUAGUGUAUCUGCUUUCACCAUCAUGGGAGAAGGGCCACCAACGGUUCUCAAUGUUAGGACACGUGAACAAGUGCCAAGCUCCAUUCAAAUUAUAAACUAUAAAAAUAUUAGUUCUUCAUCUAUUUUGUUAUAUUGGGAACCUCCAGAAUAUCCCAAUGGAAAAAUAACUCAUUAUACAAUUUAUGCAAUGGAACUGGAUACAAACAGAGCGUUCCAGAUGACUACUGUAGAUAACAGCUUUCUCAUAACAGGGUUAAAGAAAUACACAAAAUACAAAAUGAGAGUGGCUGCCUCAACCCAUGUUGGAGAAAGUUCUUUGUCUGAAGAAAAUGACAUCUUUGUGAGAACUCCAGAAGAUGAACCAGAAUCAUCACCCCAAGAUGUUGAAGUAAUUGAUGUUACUGCACAUGAAAUAAGGUUGAAAUGGUCGCCACCUGAAAAACCCAAUGGGAUUAUUGUUGCUUAUGAAGUGAUCUAUAAAAAUAUAGAUACUUUAUUUACAAAGAACACUUCAACAACAAACAUAAUUUUAAGGGAUUUAAAACCUUACUCCCUCUACAACAUUUCUGUAAGGUCAUAUACCAGAUUUGGCCAUGGCAAUCACUUAUCUUCUUUACUCUCUGUAAGGACUUCUGAGACUGUGCCUGAUAGUGCACCAGAAAAUAUUACUUACAAAAAUAUUUCUUCUGGAGAGAUUGAGCUAUCAUUUCUUCCCCCAAGUAGCCCCAAUGGAAUCAUACAACAAUAUACAAUUUAUCUCAAGAGAAGUAAUGGAAAUGAGGAAAGAACUAUAAAUACAACCUCUUUGACUCAGAGUAUUAAAGGACUGAAGAAAUACACCCAAUAUAUGAUUGAUGUGUCUGCUAGUACACUCAAAGGUGAAGGAGUUCGGAGUGCACCCAUAAGUGUACUGACUGAGGAGGAUGCUCCUGAUUCUCCCCCUCGAGACUUCUCUGUAAAACAGUUGUCUGGUGUCACGGUGAAGUUGUCAUGGCAACCACCCCUGGAGCCAAAUGGAAUUAUCCUCUAUUACACAGUUUAUGUCUGGGAUAGAUCAUCAUUAAGAACUGUUAAUGUGACUGAAACAUCAUUAGAGUUUUCAGAUUUGGACUAUAACAUUGAAUAUAGCGCUUACGUAACAGCUAGCACCAGAUUUGGUGAUGGGAAAACAAGAAGCAGUGUCAUUAACUUUCGAACACCAGAGGGAGAACCAAGUGAUCCUCCUAAAGAUGUUCAUUAUGUAAAUCUCAGUUCUUCAUCAAUAAUUAUCUUUUGGAUGCCUCCUUCAAAACCUAAUGGAAUAAUACAAUAUUAUUCUGUUUAUUAUAAAAAUUCUUCAGGUACUUUUAUGCAGAAUUUUACACUCCAUGAAGUAACCAAUGACUUUGACAAUAUGACCGUAUCUUCAAUAAUAGAUAAACUGGCAAUAUUCAGCUACUAUACAUUUUGGUUAACAGCAAGUACUUCAGUUGGAAAUGGGAAUAAAAGCAGUGACAUAAUUCAAGUAUACACAGACCAAGACAUACCUGAAGGGCUUGUUGGAAACCUGACUUACGAGUCUAUUUCGUCAACUACAGUAAAUAUAAGCUGGGUCCCACCAUCUCAACCAAACGGUCUAGUCUUCUACUGUGUUUCACUGAGCUUAUGGCAGACUCCUCGCCACGUGAAACCACCUCUAGUUACCUAUGAGAGAAGCAUGUUUUUUGAUAAUCUGGAAAAAUAUACUGAUUAUAUAUUAAAAAUCACUCCAUCAACAGAAAAGGGCUUCUCUGAUACCUAGACUGCCCAGCUACACAUCAAAACUGAAGAAGGUGUCCCAGAAACUUCACCAAUAAUCAACACUUUUAAAAACCUUUCCUCUACCUCAGUUCUCUUAUCAUGGGAUCCCCCAGUAAAGCCAAAUGGUGCAAUAAUAAGUUAUGAUUUAACUUUACAAGGACCAAAUGAAAAUUAUUCUUUCAUUACUUCUGAUAACUAUAUAAUAUUGGAAGAGCUUUCGCCAUUUACAUUGUAUAGUUUUUUUGCGGCUGCAAGAACUAGAAAAGGACUCGGUCCUUCCAGUAUUCUUUUCUUUUACACAGAUGAGUCAGUGCCUUUAGCACCUCCUCAAAAUUUGACUUUAAUCAACUAUACUUCAGACUUUGUAUGGCUGAAAUGGAACCCGAGUCCUCUUCCAGGCGGUAUUGUUAAAGUAUAUAGUUUUAAAAUUCAUGAACAUGAAAAUGAUACUAUAUUUUUUAAGAAUAUUUCAGGUUUUCAAACUGAAGCCAAACUUGUUGGACUGCAUCCCGUCAGCACCUACUCUAUCAGUGUAUCUGCCUUUACCAAAGUUGGAAAUGGCAAUCAAUUUAGUAAUGUAGUAAAAUUCACAACCCAAGAAUCAGUUCCAGAUGUUGUGCAGAAUAUACAAUGUGUGGCAACUAGCUGGCAGUCAGUUUUAGUGAAGUGGGAUCCACCCAAAAAAGCAAAUGGAAUAAUUACCCAUUAUAUCAUAACAGUUGAAGGAAAUUCUACAAAAGUCUCUCCCCAGGAUCACAUGUAUACUUUCAUAAAACUUCUUGCCAAUACAUCAUAUGUCUUUAAAGUAAAAGCUUCAACCUCGGCUGGUGAAGGUGAUGAGAGCAUGUGCAACGUCAGCACACUACCUGAAACAGUUCCCAGUGUUCCCACAAAUAUUGCUCUUUCUAAUGUUCAGUCAACUAGUGCAACACUGACAUGGUUAAGACCUGACACUAUCCUUGGCUACUUUCAAAAUUACAAGAUUACCACUCAACUUCGUGCUCAAAAAUGCAGAGAAUGGGAAUCUGAAGAAUGUGUUGAACACCAAAAAAUUCAAUACCUCUAUGGAGCUGACCUAACUGAAGAGACAGUAUAUGGCUUAAAGAAAUUUAGAUGGUAUAGAUUCCAAGUGGCUGCCAGCACCAAUGCUGGCUAUGGCAAUGCUUCAAAUUGGAUUUCUACACAAACCCUGCCUGGCCCUCCAGAUGGUCCUCCUGAAAAUGUGCAUGUAGUAGCAACGUCACCUUUUAGCAUCAACAUCAGCUGGAGUGAACCUGCUGUCAUUACAGGACCAACAUUUUAUCUGAUCGAUGUUAAAUCGGUAGAUAAUGAUGAAUUUAAUAUUUCCUUCAUCAAAUCAAAUGAAGAAAAUAAAACCUUAGAAAUUAAAGAUUUAAAAAUAUUCACAAAGUAUUCUGUGGUGAUCACUGCAUUUACUGGAAAUGUUAAUGCUGCAUAUGUAGAAGGGAAGUCAAGUGCUGAGGUGAUUGUUACUACUUUAGAAUCAGCCCCCAAGGACCCACCUAACAAUAUGACAUUUCAGAAGAUACCAGAUGAAGUUACAAAAUUUCAGUUAACAUUCCUUCCUCCUUCUCAACCUAACGGAAAUAUUCAAGUGUAUCAAGCUUUGGUUUACCGAGAAGAUGAUCCUACUGCUGUCCAGAUUCACAACCUCAGUAUUAUCCAGAAAACAGACACAUCAGUCAUUGCAAUGUUAGAAGGGCUAAAAGGCGGACAUACAUACAAUAUCAGUGUUUAUGCAAUCAAUAGUGCUGGCGCAGGACCAAAAGUUCAGAUGAGAAUAACCAUGGAUAUCAAAGCUCCAGCACGACCCCAAAUCAAGCCAAUCCCUAUUUAUGAUGCCACGGGAAAACUGCUUGUGACUUCAACAACAAUUACAAUCAGAAUGCCAAUAUGUUACUACAAUGAUGAUCAUGGACCAAUCAAAAAUGUCCAAGUGCUCGUGGCAGAAACAGGAGCCCAACAUGAUGGAAAUGUAACCAAGUGGUAUGAUGCAUAUUUUAAUAAAGCAAGGCCAUAUUUUACAAAUGAAGGCUUUCCCAACCCUCCAUGUACAGAAGGAAAGACAAAGUUCAGUGGCAAUGAAGAAAUCUAUGUCAUAGGUGCUGAUAAUGCAUGUAUGAUUCCGGGCAAUGAAGACAAAAUUUGCAAUGGACCACUGAAACCAAAAAAGCAAUACUUAUUUAAGUUUAGAGCCACAAAUGUCAUGGGACAAUUUACUGACUCUGAUUACUCUGACCCUGUUAAGACUUUAGGUGAAGGACUUUCUGAAAGAACUGUAGAGAUCAUUCUUUCAGUCACUUUGUGCAUCCUUUCAAUAAUUCUUCUUGGAACAGCUAUUUUUGCAUUUGCAAGAAUUCGACAGAAGCAGAAAGAAGGUGGCACAUACUCUCCUCGGGAUGCAGAAAUCAUUGACACUAAAUUCAAGCUGGAUCAGCUCAUCACAGUGGCAGAUCUGGAACUGAAGGAUGAAAGAUUAACGCGGUUACUUAGUUAUAGAAAAUCCAUCAAGCCAAUAAGCAAGAAAUCUUUCCUGCAACAUGUUGAAGAGCUUUGCACAAACAAUAACCUAAAGUUUCAAGAAGAAUUUUCGGAAUUACCAAAAUUUCUUCAAGAUCUUUCUUCAACUGAUGCUGAUCUGCCUUGGAAUAGAGCAAAAAACCGCUUUCCAAACAUAAAACCAUAUAAUAAUAACAGAGUGAAGCUGAUAGCUGAUGCUAGUAUUCCAGGAUCAGAUUAUAUUAAUGCCAGCUAUGUUUCUGGCUACUUAUGUCCAAAUGAAUUUAUUGCUACUCAAGGUCCAUUACCAGGAACAGUUGGAGAUUUUUGGAGAAUGGUGUGGGAAACCAGAGCAAAAACAUUAGUAAUGCUAACACAGUGUUUUGAAAAAGGGCGGAUCAGAUGCCAUCAGUAUUGGCCAGAGGACAACAAACCAGUUACUGUCUUUGGAGAUAUAGUGAUUACAAAGCUAAUGGAGGAUGUUCAAAUAGAUUGGACCAUCAGGGAUCUAAAAAUUGAGAGGCAUGGGGAUUGCAUGACUGUUCAUCAGUGUAACUUUACUGCUUGGCCUGAGCAUGGGGUUCCUGAAAACAGUGCCCCUCUAAUUCACUUUGUAAAGUUGGUUCGAGCAAGCAGAGCGCAUGAUACCACACCUAUGAUUGUUCACUGCAGUGCUGGAGUUGGAAGAACUGGAGUUUUUAUUGCUCUGGAUCACUUAACACAACAUAUAAAUGACCAUGAUUUUGUGGAUAUAUAUGGACUAGUAGCUGAACUGAGAAGUGAAAGAAUGUGCAUGGUGCAGAACCUGGCACAGUAUAUCUUUUUACACCAGUGCAUUCUGGAUCUCUUAUCAAAUAAAGGAAGUAAUCAGCCCAUCUGUUUUGUUAACUACUCAGCACUUCAGAAGAUGGACUCUUUGGAUACCAUGGAAGGUGAUGUUGAGCUUGAAUGGGAAGAAACCACCAUGUGAAUAUUCAGAACAAAGAUUACAAGUGGAAGAUAUUUUCAAAUCCCAGGGGCCAAAAUUACCC